AUGCAACCAAGCAUGGUUCAAGUACUAAGGCAUUGGGUGCCUCCGACCGAAAGGAAUAAUUUUUUGUGGGCUCAUUGCGGUGUUACUACGGGAACCUGUUUCACGUUUUUAAUGUGCGCUGCAAUACAAUACUAUUCUCGAUGGCCUGUUGGUUUUUACAUCGUAGGCGGACUCCAAGUACUUUGGGCAAUGUUAUGGAUGUUGCUAGUUACUAACAACCCAAGAAAUCAUUGGUGCAUCACAAAUGAAGAGCUGGAAUAUUUAACUAAUACAAUUGGGAAUAUUUUUACAAUAAAGUUGAGUAACUCUCACACUCCUUGGAAAUUAAUAUUAAAAUCUGUUCCUUUUUGGGCACUGUGCAUUCUUAACUUUGGUUAUUCGUGGAACAUUACAGCUUUAUGCAUUCACGGACCAUUAUACUACUCUGAGGUGUUAAAAUACAAUAUUUAUAAGGCCGCAGCGUUAACUGCACUGCCAUUCUUUCUACGCCUAGUUUUCGGAGCGACUACUAUUCAAUGUUUCUAUCGCUAUAAGUUAACUGAUUACUAUAAAAAAAGAAAGCACCUUAGGAAAUACUUCAUAGUUUUGUGUAAGUAGUUUAUUAUAAGUAAACAUU